AUGUGGCGUUUGUCUGGACACCGAUGCGUACGGCUUCUCGGUCAGCGCAGGAUGCUCACUUCUGGCGCCAAUGCGUCGAAUCCGGAGCUGGAGUCGGCAUCGGCACAUCCCAUUCUCUUUAACGUUCCUGUUAUGUCUCGCACUGUUGGCCGUGAUGCGGAGCUGCUGUCACUCUGGCAAAAUUUGCUGUCCGGGCGCCACAUCCAGGCCAUUACUGGGCCAGACGGUAUCGGCAAGUCUUCCAUAGCGGCAGAGUUCUGUGAUCGGGCGCGGCGAAGUGAGCGCUUCACAUGCAUUCAGUGGUUUGAUGCCAGAGGGGGCUCAUUGCCUUCAGAAUUACUUCAAUUUUUUCAUUCCAUGCGGGGCCGAAAGGAAAAGGACGUGCUUUUGGUUAUUGACAGUGUCGAUGACCCGCAUGAGGCACUCCGUCACAUUCCUAAGCACACAAACGUUUACACAUUGCUCACCACGAGCGUUCCUAUUGAAAGCUCAACGAAGGUGGGCACAAUAAAUGUCCAAUCCCUGUCUCCCGAUGGCGUGGCGCGAUUUUCACAUUUAACGGAGGUCGAGGAAUCGAAAACUGUAGCUGAUGUGCUUUUUGCUCUUGGCUAUGUUCCGCUUCUUAUGCAUGUUGCAUUGUGUCUAAUGGAGAGCGGUUCUACCAGCCCAGAGGAACUAAAGAGAGAGCUACUCGCAAAGGGCGUCGAUGGAAAUGGAACCCUGAGUGUUUCCUACGCCAUUGGCGUUCUAGUGGAGAUUGCGCUUGCGGGGCUUGAGACGCACAUGCCAGGAGGCAUCCGUGUACUGGUGAUGACUGCGUUAUUUGAUAUUAGAGGUGUUUCUUAUGCUGUUGUGGAUCGUUUAGUUGGUGAUGAAUCGGGGGAGGCUUUUGUUAUGCAAGCUGCUAGGUUAGGCCUAUGCGAUCAGCGGUGGGAUGAGGGCUCGCUGACGAUGCACCCUUCGGUUGCACAGAUACUCCGAACCAAGGCGGAUAGCACACAUGUGGCGGAGUGCACAAAAGUGCUGCUUUCACUCUGGCCUCGCCGCUGGCGUGGGGCCGGCAGCAGCGUGGCAAAUGAGUUGGCGCGUCACACCCGUGCCAUUUCCGAAGUCAGCGAUGCCCGUCAGAUCCCGCUCAAUAAUGAUCUUCUUGUUUGUCUUGAUCGUAGUGCGACUCUUCUUGCCUUUAAUGAGGGCAAAGAUUUGCUGACGGCUGCGGAACUUUGGCUUCGAGUUGUGCGGGCAAACCAGAAUGCAGAGAGAAGAGAUGCAGAGGCUGUGCGAAUAGGCAGAGAGUGUGGUCGUCUGCUGCAUUUUCUUCGUGACGCGCGGGCCGGUGAUGUGUUGCGGUACGCUUUUGACUUGGCAUGUGCGGUGAGAGGGAAACAGUCAGCCGAGGCAUCUCUCAUUCUUGGCUGUUACGCUCCAUAUCUUCCUGCUUCGAUGGAUGCGGUGCGGAUGCUGCAAGUGGGUGUGGCCUCGCUAGAGAAUCGCAUGACAUCUUCUGACACGGUGCUUGGGAAGGAGGAGGGACGCAUGCUGCAGGAGACAAUUUUUGUCCUGCUUGUACGACAGGGGCAGAUGCUGCAGGAGAUGGGAGAGACAGUGCCCGCGUCGGUUUGGGCAGCACUGCAGGAGUUGGAGCAACGGAUCACGGCGAGUUUGAGUUCGGCACCGCAGUGA